AUGAGCUUGAGCUUGAUCACGACUGUGCGUGCGCUUCCCAGCGUUUCGCUGCUCGCUCGCCGCUUCGCCGGCCAAAACGUUCGCCUUCAGCGCGGCCAAGCUGCCAACGGCACACAGUACGGCCCUCUCACCGAUGGCCCCGACUGGAGCUACGCUGGUAUGGACGGUGUGAUGGAAGCACCAGAAACCCGGGCACAACGCCGCCGCCGCCUGCGCAGUGCGCGCCAAGAGGCGCGUGUUGCCAUGCUCCUGGGGGAGUUGAAGCUCGGCCUCGAGACUGAAUCAGGCCGUGCGACGGAACGCGUCCGCUGGACAACCCAGAACCAGCCGGCUGAGCCUGUAGAUCUGCGCGAGCUCGUCGAGGCAGACAACACCACCAAGCAGCCCCCCUCGGAUCGCCUCGAAUUUGCCUCUCUCUCUCUCUCUCUCUCUCUCUCUCUCUCUCUCUCUCUCUCUCUCUCUCUUUCUCUCUCUCUCUUUCUCUCUCUCUCUCUCUCUCUCUCAAUUUUGUCGGGCUCAGCAAAUGGCAGCUUGAGGGAGAGAGUGAUUGGAGUGCGGCUCCAGACCAGUACCAUGGACGACUCCACAGCCAGCUUUGUGCCUCCGUCGCAAUCGUUAGCGCAAGCCUUGCACUUUUUGCAGAGCGAAUGGAACUGCUUUGCCCGCGAACGCUCCAAAUGGCAAAUGCAUCGCGCCCAAAUGGAGGCUAAGAUUGCGGAGCUCGAAGGUCAGCGCCGGGCGGACGCCAACAUCAAGCGCGAUCUCCUGCGCCGCGUUAAAAUGCUUGAGGCCGCCCUGAUCCGCGAACGUACCAAAGACCAGGAUGGAACUGCCCCAGCCGGAUCCGGUGACAUGAGUGCCAAGACAGAGGAACAAGCCCGUGCCGAGCUGGAUGCCAUUGUUCGCAAACCGCUUGAAGCCAAGCUACGCAAGGUGCGCGAGGGCCGGGAAAUCUUGGUGAGUUACCUCAAGGAGCUCGGAUGCACCCAACGCGUCAUCGAAGCCCAGGCUGAGCGCAUGAAAGCCGGUGAUCCCAGCUGGCCGCCCCGCGGUUUGGAACCCGACAGCUCAGACGCAUCGCUGAGUGAUAUUCCUUCACUGCAAGUUUCACGCCGUGAGGAAACGUCAAGCGAUGAGGAGUUGCCCGUGACAGACGAGGUGGAUGCCGUCGAGCACCACAUGCCUCUGCCCACACUCAACCCCACGGACAUGGAGCAGCUGACAGAAUCAAUUGAGGGCACUGAAGACGCUCAGCAUUUGCAGCAGGACGGCGUUGCUGGACAAUCAGACGCCGGCGUCGAAGCCAUCUCCGAGGCCGAGGCUGCUUUUGACUUUCUCGAGGACGAGCCCUUGGACGAAGACAUGUCGGCCAGCGCUGACGAAACCGACGCUAUUUUCGCGCCCCGCAUCACUGCCACUGGUCAAGGCGCCAACUUGACUGUGCCCGAAGUUGAUGCCGGUGAAGCUACAGAGCCACGAGAUGGAGUGACAUUUGCAGCCCAGGAGACAAGCAAGGGAGCUGAAGCCGAUGCUGACGACGACGAUGACCCCUUUGCGGACAUUGAUGAUAAGAAGCUUCAGGCCAUGGUCAGCAAACAAUUUGGCAAAAAAGGCAGCAAGAUGAUGGCCCGUCUUGGCGGCAAGGGCAAGAGCAAAGGUGCUGAACACAUGGUCGAUCAGGCUCAAGCGGCGCUGCUGCUGUAUCAGCACUUUUUGGAGGCACCGAAGGCGACGACGAUUUGGGAGAAUUGGCUUCUGCUUCGGCCCGGCCAACCUCAACUUUUGAAGAUGCAGUCUUCCUCGGCCAGCAGUACGGACACACUCAAGGGCAAGCCGUCCUGGAAGGCCCGUGUCGUUCUCAAACAUCACCUAGGCCCCGUGCGCUGCGUUGUGAGCAGUGAUGAGGACGAUGUGUUGAUCACGGGCUCUGAUGACUGUACUGCGCGCAUCUGGUGGCUGCCUAGCCCGAAAAAAGGCCCAGUCUUGGCGGCUUGUAUUACUCCGGACGUUGACUUUUGCUACACGGGCUCGGCUGACGGCACAAUUCGAUGCUGGAAACUGCCCGAUGAGGACUUUGAUGCCUGUGAAAAGUAUGAGCCACUCGAGUACAGCUGUUUUAAGGGGCAUCGCGGCGCUGUGACAAGUUUGUGUCUGGUGGAUGAAGCCACGCUCGUCUCAGCCAGCAACGAUGGCACCUGCAUGAUGUGGACGACACACGAUGGUAGCUGCAUUGCCGAGUGGCAAUCUCCAGACGAGGAUUUGGCCACCCCGACUUGGCCGCAAACACUCGACCUCGGCACCUUUCCCUGCACAAUGGCCACCGUACCCCGCCUCACCUACUUUGACAUCAAGGGCCGAGCCCUGCCCAUCCGCAUGGCGUAUCACUAUGCCAAGGUGGAAUUUGAGGACGUUCGCGUUGGCUUUGCCGACUGGGCCACGGUCAAGCCUACCACCCGUUUUGGCAUGCUUCCCGAGCUCGAGCUCCCCUCUGGCGACGUUAUUGCGCAGAGCCACGCCAUCCUGCGCUAUGUCGGUCGUCAAAAUGGUCCGUAUGCACCACCAACACGAUCCUUCUUUGCCCCCUCUGUGGCCCCGCUCGCCACCACACCCUUUGAACUGUGCUGCGGCCUUGCACUGACGGGCAAACCCCCCAAACUUUGCAUCUGGAUCCACCCAGGACUGUAUCCCGAGGAUGCGCUGGCCGCAGCCAAGGUGGAUGCUGCCAUGGGCUUCCACGACGAUGUCACCAUGAAGAUCAUGCCAACCCUCUUUAUGGCGGACAAGGACCUGGAAGCCAAGCUUCGCAAGGAACUCGCUGAUGACGUCCUGCCUCCCAUGCUGGCCAAGUUGGACGCCUUGUUUGACAAAGACUACCUGCUCGGCGACACCCUGACCAUCGCCGAUCUUAUGGCUUUCCACAUGUACGACUGGUUGACGGACGGCAGCCUGGCUGGCAUUCCUGCCCUGAUCAUGGAGCCCUGCACCAACCUCAAGCGUGUGCACGACCAGAUUCAAGCCUUGCCCGAGUUUGAGGGCUUCAACUUUGCCUAA